AUGAGUCAUUGCCCAGAUCCGGAUCUUGAGAUUAAGAAGCUUCGGGCUCUGCUGCAGCAGAAGGAUGUCGCACAUCGGGAGGCGAUGAGGAAUAAGGACGAGGAUCUUCGCAGAGCGAAGCGAGAAAUAUCGCAGCUACAGAAUUCUGUUUAUCAAUCGCAAAUAACACAAUCCUCGAGCCCGAGCGUACCUGAUGCUUCUGCUGUUCAUAAUGAGUUUCAACUGUCGAGUACUGCCACGCCUGCCACACCCUUCCAUCAAGAUGGCAUGUCGAGAAGUAAUACAGUUCCUCGCAGCAAUGGUAUCCAUGUGCAUAAUCGUCAUGAAGGUGUUGCACGACAAUCUAAUCGACACAGCAGUAACGCCCAUUCCAUCAAGCGUGCCAGAACCAUGUCCCAACAAACACCAACAUCGCAGAGGAUGGACCGCAUCGGUUCGAAUAUGUCCACUCAAUCUGCUGGCCCCUUCACUGGCAAUGUUCCGAUAUCCCCCCAAACACGGAUUCACAACGGCGGUAUGCAGAUGAGAAGUGCUAGCACAACGGACUUCGUAGAUAGAGACGAACAUAUAUCAUCAUAUGCCCUUGUUCACUCGCAGUCUAUGCGGCCGUCUCAGUCGUCAAGGCAUCGACAUGACAUGCCUACUCUUUCCGAAUUAGGUCCUAUGACUGGCGUGAUGCUUGACCCCGAAGUCUAUUUUGCGCAGCACCCGUACCAUGAAGAACCUCCCCCUACCGUAGAAUCGUUUGGUUCAUCCGUACCAUCGCAGAACCAAGAUGUUGACGUGCCCCAGUUCAAUAUUACUAAUGUGUCGGUCUGCGGUUCGAUGACUACCGCGCCUACGUAUGAUACUGCGCCAAUGACCCGACAGAACAGUUUGUUCGAUAAUCAGUCUGUGUCCGGCGGCGUACGGAUGAUGAGCCUCGGAUCGCAGAUGUCUCAAGGCGGCGAAGUACAUUAUCACGAAGCUUCUCAACAGAAUAACAGCAGUGGCGAUAAUUCGCCCCUAGGAAAGCGACCUUAUUGCAGCGAAGACGCUCUUAUUGCUGUAGGAUCGAGCCUUGCCCCUCCAUUCGCCCAUCAAUAUGCCCCUUCGGCACCUACCGACGCGUUCCUGGCGUCGGAUAUGGAACGAUCGGUAUCUAGUGCAAGCAUGGCUAGCACUCGGUCAAGUUCAUCUCUCAAGGCCCGGGCUAAAGAUACGCUAAAGCAGCAGUGCCAGCGUGCUUUGAACGCACCAUUGAAGCCCAAGCCGAGCACGGAGCAGGAUCCCACAGAAUCACAAGCCAGCGCUAAGAAGGAUGGCAAGACAGCCAUCGCGAAGGCUAAAUACGUACGACCGAAGCAGCCUAAGGUCUAUUGCGACCAGUGCGAUGAGCAUAAGGACGGAUUCCGUGGCGAGCAUGAGCUUCGCCGUCAUAGGGAUGCCAAACACCAAGCUACCGUCAAGAAGUGGAUAUGUGUCGACCCAGUCGCACAUGGCCUCCCCAUAGGUAUACCAGCUGUCAAUCCUCUUAGUAAGUGCAAGGCCUGCAAGGCGCAGAAAAAGUACGGCGCGUACUACAACGCGGCCGCGCAUCUCCGCCGCACUCACUUCAAAGAGAAGCCGUCGCGGCAGAAAAACAAAGGCAACGGUAAUAGCCGCGGCGAUGAAGACAAGCGCGGCGGUAAGGGCGGUGGUGAUUGGCCUCCCAUGAGCGAGUUGAAGAAUUGGAUGAAAGAGAUCUGGGUGAGCAAAUACGAGCAGGAUGACGACGAUGACGCCGAUGAAGAUAUGGCUCACCAGGUUGUGGAUGUUGAAACCGGGGGUAUGGAAUCAUAUCCUACCGAUUUCAACAUGCCGCAUAAGAUAUCGAACCAUGAUGUGUUCGAAGUAAACUAUGGCAAUCUAGUCGUCAACACCGACGUCGGCUAUAUGAACGGGAUGCCGCUCUCGUCCGCCGAUUUCAACUUCAAUAAUGGCAUAUCGCCCGCCACCAUGUCACCCAACUUUAAUCCGGAUCUUUCGGCGAUAACUCCCCAGGACCACAUGAACCAGUAUAGCUCGGCGCUUUCGUCUUCUGCCACCGUCACUCCUAUGACGGCUUACCACGAGGUACCACAUGUGGACGACUUCGACUUCAACAUGGUCUACCCUCAGUGA